AUGAUAGCUAUUAUGAAUCGUCAUUCUGGAUUAAUGGUAUAGUAAUAUAUUACAACAUAAUAUACGUUAUAGACUCGGAUCAUUUUCAACUACUGUAUUUACCACAUUUGUGUUCGUGUUGUGAAAAAAACUGUACAUAUGUGUAUGACAAGCUGAAGACUUUGUAUACAGUAUGUAACAUAACACUAGAAUGCACAGCAGGUAAUUAACCAGGGGUUGUGUGCAGCACAUUCUAACAUAUGUAACUGUAACGGGUUAUACAAUUAGAAUGCAUGUUGUAUACUAAUAGUACACAUACAAAUGAUAAAUAUAUACAAACAUUUUGCCCAAGCAACUUUAUAUAUAUAUAUAUAUAUAUAUAUAUAUAUAUAUAUAUAUAUAUAUAUAUAAUACAACUAUUUCAUUUAAUGUUGUCACAAGAAAUAGUCCAAUGUACAUAUUAAGAUAUGUUAUAUGGUCAAAUGUGUUAUAAAUUAUGUACAGCACACCCAUGGGAACAGCCAAAACAAAAAGGACAGGAGGUAUGGUCAUAGGCUAUCUAAACAGAUAAAAAUAUUAAAAUUUGAUAUAUCCAUCUUGCCGUUUGGCUCGGAGUGUACAAUUGGCUAUGACAACCUUAACUGAAAUAGCUCUAUAUAUACUAUAUAGUACAGUACAAUCAUUUUGUCUAUUUGCAGGUUAUAAUGCAACGUAUGCAGUCUCUGAGGUUGAUGCCAUCACAUUCUUAUUUCUACAAAAAGCUCACUCAAUUUGGAAAAGACCAUGAUAAAGAAAUUAUUGAUGCUGUGGAAAAUGAAGGAAAACGAUUGACUGCACUUGGUAAGAGUGAGCAGAUGCAGAAAGAGGAAGAUGAGCAAUCACCGACCACUAAAGAGAAACUAAAUGUAAGUAUAUUAGUAUAG